GCCAUGAGGGUUGAGUUGCAGUACAUAAAUACAAGUAUGAUAUAUAUAUAUAUAUAUAUAUAUGUUACAUGAUUGCAGCUGGCAAGAGCCCGCUGUAUUAGACAGACAGGCUCCUUCCCUCUGCAACUGCAACCCCAAUCCUUUGCCAUCUCUCUCUCUCUGUCCCAAUGCGCUUGCUUUUGAAGAACUGGUACAAUCCCAACUAGGUUUUUGAUUUAUAGUCCUGGAAAGUGAAGGAAAAAGCGUGUGUGUUUGGACGGACGGAAAAUGAGUGCUUCCAAGUUCAUUAAGUGCGUCACUGUAGGCGACGGUGCAGUCGGCAAGACUUGCAUGCUCAUCUCCUACACCAGCAACACUUUCCCCAUGGAUUAUGUGCCGACUGUAUUUGAUAAUUUCAGUGCAAAUGUGGUUGUGGAUGGGAACACUGUUAAUUUGGGUUUGUGGGAUACUGCUGGGCAGGAAGAUUAUAACAGAUUACGACCGUUGAGCUACAGAGGAGCAGAUGUCUUCCUACUUGCAUUCUCUCUCAUAAGCAAGGCCAGCUAUGAAAACGUUGCCAAGAAAUGGAUUCCUGAACUGAGGCACUAUGCACCUGGUGUUCCAAUAAUUCUUGUUGGGACUAAGCUUGAUCUUCGGGAUGAUAAGCAGUUCUUUAUAGAUCACCCUGGUGCAGUACCAAUUACCACAGCACAGGGGGAGGAACUGAAGAAGCUGAUAGGCGCCCCGGUUUAUAUCGAAUGUAGUUCAAAAACACAGCAGAACGUAAAAGCAGUGUUUGAUGCAGCCAUUAAAGUGGUUCUCCAGCCACCUAAGCAUAAAAGGAAGAAGAAGAGAAAGACUCAAAGAGCCUGCUCCAUUAUGUGAUUGUCCACAGACUAUAAGCGGCAGGAAAAGGAAAGUGUGACCAUUAACCUUUAAGCCAUUAAUCUUUCUUUGGUCACUGCAUCUUCAUGCAAUACUUUCUCACCUCAUGAAGGCAGCAAUCUAUGAGUUCACAAGCUUCAACUGACAGAACUAGGAACCUCUCUCUAAUUAAUGCAUCAAUAUCUUUGUGCUCACUCCUUCUGAUGUUGUAUAUUAAUGAUUCAAAUAUCUGUUGGUUGAAGUAUACUCUGGGUUUAGAUAUAUAUAUAUAUAGUCAUAAAUGUAUCCACUAUGAAAUACCCAAAUCUUUUCCUAGUUUAGGCUUGUUUUUGUAACCUCAUUAAGUACACUGCAACUCUAUGUAUUGGUUUACAAUAUUGGCAUCUUAUAAAUUAAAAA